AUGUAAACUCCUGAAAUCGCCCUGGCCGGCCUGAAGCACAGCGACCACGGGACCUACAACAAGCCGCCAUCAUUGGGAAUCGCCAUCGAAGAUCGUCACACUCGCACAAAAGGUUGGUGCGUUCCAUAUCUCACAUUCCUGUCGUUUUUCCUUGAGCUCACACAUUGUCGCUUAAAAAUUCUCGUAUUUCACAUUAUUUCGUUAUUCCUGGAGCACUCAAAUUUUCGCAUUUGUCAUAAACAACAGAAAACUAUAUACAGCUCGAGGAAGAUGGCGGACAGUCGUCAACUGCCAUGGGCGUAUCAUAAUCGGGUAAAAUUUGUAUUGCCACGCCUAUGAUAUGAAAACAUAACCUUACUUACCGAUGGAAUGAUAAAUUGGCCGAUUCUGGAUUACUGCUGUUUAUCUUGCACACAUAACACGAUCGCACCAUUGUUCAACAGGUAACAGUUCAAUAUCACUAACAAACUUAUGGCAAAUAGCACAAAAAUAAUGGUUUGUGAAAAUCCACAACUCAAGCAUAAAAUACGCACUUUAUAGUAUCGUAAAAUGUCCAUUCAUAAGAAAAAUGCGACGUUGCCAAUGUCGACUGAAGCUCUGUGACUGAAGGAAAUCUCUUUCCAAUUCGCUAACGGUAAAUUCAAUACGAAAAUAGUUCACUUUUCUACUUUUCACUAUUGCUUAUGCAGAUUUUCAAGAAUGUUAACAAUUUUAUUAUUUUCAUGAGUCCAAAUAGCUGGUUUACACGAUGAAAUAUUUGUUUGAGGUUUGUUUACUACCAGG